GAGGAAGUCGGAGCACGCGAUUGCAAAGGUAGAUGCAAUGCGCCUGCAACAGCCCGUGCUUCUCUCGUCGGGGCGAGCGAGGGCCGCUGUCGCUCUCCGCGCGGAGACAGGAGUAGAGAGUGGCCAAGGCUGCACGCGAACGCAUGGCCGAGCGUGCAUAGGAUCGGAUGAGUUGUUUACGAAUGUGUCACCCUUGGUGGUUGCUACGAUGGGCGGAGAACCAGUUCAAAUCUUAAGAGUCGGGGAUGGAGAAAGAAUCGAGUUCAACCAGCGUGAGCUGGAGCGAAUUCUCUUGACUGACCACGUGAAAGAUCGCCCGGUCGUCGUAAUAUCGGUGGCCGGGGCGUACCGACAAGGAAAGUCCUUUCUGCUGAGCUUCUUACUGCGGUACCUGAGACACAAAGGUCGAUCCGACUGGAUGGAAGACACACAUGCCCCACUUCAUGGCUUUCAAUGGCGGCCGGGCAGUGUUCGAGAGACAACGGGAAUCCUGGUUUGGAACGAAGUGUUUUUGAUGAACGAUCCGAAUGGCGAAGAGGUGGCGGUUUUACUGAUGGACACUCAAGGGACCUUCGAUUCCGAGUCAACAAUGAAAGAAAGCACCGUCAUAUUCUCUCUCUCCAUGUUGACCAGCUCUGUGCAGAUUUACAACGUCAUGACUAAUAUAAAAGAGGAUGAUCUUCAACACCUCCAAUUUUUCGCUCAGUACGGCAGACUUGCUCAAAAGGGCAAGAAAACACAAGCCUUCCAAAAGCUUUUGUUUUUGGUUCGAGACUGGAGCUGGCCACACGAAUUUGAGUUUGGUUCCCGCGGUGGUAGAUCACUCAUCGCGAGUCGUCUGAAGAUCACGCGAGGGCAAGCUUCGGAGCUCAAGACGUUGCGGCAGGAUCUCUUGUCUUGCUUUUCGGACAUCGACUGCUUCCUCAUGCCCAGUCCUGGACAGAAGGUGGUGCGUGACACGUCGUUCGACGGUCGUCUUGCAGACAUAAGUGAAGAAUUUCUAGAUGAGCUUCAAGAGUUUGUUUCUUCCAUCCUCGCACCAGAAAACCUGUUGGUCAAGGAGGUUAACGGCAAAAGGUUAUCGUGCGAGCACCUAAUGACCUACUUCAAGACCUAUGUCGAAGUUUUCAAAGGAAGUGACUUGCCGGUGCCAGCGUCCAUGCUUAUGGCGACUGCAAAUGCCACCAAUGUGGCAGCAACGGACAAAGCCAGACAGCAUUAUAUAUCAGUAAUGAAAAGCCGGCCUAGAAGAGACCUGGACAGGAUGCGCCAGUUUCAUCGCGAGAAGCUGGCAGAGGCGGAGAAUGUUUUCAACGACUUUCCGAAGAUGGGUAGUGACGCGAUGUCAUGCACAUUCAUGGAUGUUCUCAUUAAGGACCUUGAGGAACUGUUCGACCAUUUCAUGAAGGAGGAGGAGGAGAUAAUCAGAAAGGAGCAGGAAGAAGAGGCAAAGAGAGAAAGGGAAAGGCAGCUGGAGCGGGAAAGGGAAGAACAAAGGAAAAGAGAGCGAGAGCUCGAAAGACAAAAGGCAGAGGCAAGGGAAGCAGAAAUGAAGAGAGAGAGAGAGGCAAUGAAAGAGAAGGAAAGAAAGAUGAAAGAAGAACGAAUUAGAGAAAAAGAAAGAGCAGAGCGCUUGGAGAGAGACAAAGAGGAGUUUAACAGGCAGAUGACAGCGAUGAAGAAAAAGUGCGAGGACUUGGAGAAGGCGACGAGCGGAAACGGUGCGGAUCUAGCCAACGCUAUCGUGAAUGGAAUCGCAAAUGGUUUGUCAGCGAUCUCAAAUGCGGCCGCUACAUUCCUGACGUUUAGAACGGCCUUCAGAAAAUAAUGAAGCUAUCCGAUUGUCAAUAUUUCCGCCUCAUUGAGUAUCGCGCAUUUCGAUUCCUCAGUGUUUCGGUGCAGAAUUCCGCCUGCAUUUAUUAACGCCCGUUCGAAAUCCUAGCCUUAUUGCUCCCGUGAAACAACAACGCAGCACCGCCGGCUGUCAUACGCACUAACAGGAAACGUCACGCUGAUACAUGUGGAAUAGCAGACGUAUCGUUACCCUUCGGUUGCUUUGAAGAAAUAGAUUGAACAGAAAGCUACGGAGUAAUUGUUCAAUACACCAAAUGUUUGCUUACAGUUGUGCUGAAAUCCCGCGAGCCGACUGCAUUCCAAUUACAGGGCAGGCAUAUGAACCUGGGUAUUGGAACGAUGCCUGCCUCGGCUUCUAGCACUCUUCAAGAGAAUUGCUCGUUUGGGCUACUUUGGUUACAUGGGGCGCAUGUGGACAAACGCCGUGAAGUAGACUUUGUGAUUACUUAUUGCAAUAAAAUGUUGCUUUUAUUGAGCC